AUGGAUCGUUCAAAUUCAAUACCUCGUUCUAAUUCAUCAAGAUAUAUACCUUAAUCUCUACCAUCAUCCUAUAGAUAGAUAACUGCACUAACAAAAUUUUCAAACUCUUAAAUGAAAUUUAUGAAUGAUUAGCAAUAGCCACCAAGUUAACGAUAAGCCUUAAAUAGUUAACUUGAAGAAUUAACAUCAUAGGAAAAAAGAGAAAUUUAAUAGAAAUUAGAAAAUGGAGAAGUAUUGCAUGGAUUAUCAUAAUUACCUGAAGGAGCAAACAUGACCCAUAAAUUUAUUGUCAAAGUUAGAAAUAAUGAUCUACAAAAUUAAGGAUUCCAAAUAAUCAAACAAUCUCAAUCACCAUAACCAAGAAAUUCACUCCAAUAAUGUCCAGAAUGUUAUAACCAUCUUAAAAAAGUAUGCUGUUAAAUAUUUAAAAUAGUUAAAAGAAUAAGAUAAUAGAAUAGAAUAAUUAUUGGUGGAAAUGAAUAGAAUGAGUUAGUUCUUAAUUGAUAAAGGCAAAGAAAUUGAUGUAUGGAAAAAGUAAUAUUAGAUAAUACAAAAAGUAAAAUAAUUUAUAAUGUUGAAUUAGGAAUUAUUAAAACAAAAAGCAUAUGAUAAUUUAGAUAAAAAAGAAAUUGAAGAUCGAAAAAGAAAACUAAAUUAAAAAGAAUAUGAAAAUUCAUUCCAACAAACCACAAUUAAAUAAUUGUAAGUAAAUCAAGAUUAAAAUAAUGAUAAUUUGGAGUUGAGAGCAGGUAAUAAUGAUUUAGAUGUUGAUUAAUUACAAAAAUAAUUAUUAGAUAUUCAGUAGGAUAAUGAAAUACUUAAAUAAGAUAAUGAUAGACUUAAUUCUAAAGUUGAGAGAUUAAAAAAUGAAUUAUCCAAUACAAAGAAUGAAGUCACUACCAUUUAUAAAGCAGAUCCUGAAACUGAAAGGCUUUUCAAAGAAUUAUAAUCCAAGUAUUCUAUUUUAUAAUCUUAAUAUUUCACUUUAUAAGAAAUGAAUUAAAAUGUUUAAAAAGAGAUUUAACAUGAAACAAAGAUAAUCUAUCAAUCAAAUCCUGAUAUUGAAAGGCAAUUGUAAGAAUUAUAAACCAGAUACACUCUAUUACAAUAAUAAUUUUAUUAACUCUAAGAAACUAGUAAGAUCAUGCAAAAGGAAAUGCAAUAUGAAACCAAAGUCCUCUAUUAGAAUGAUCCUGAAACUGAUUAGUUACUUUAAAAAAAAAUCAAAUAAUAUGAUGAAUUAAAUACUAGAUAUUUAUUAUUAUCAGAUUAAUUGUAAGUCUAUUAAGAUAAACUCAAAUAAUAAUCUAUGCAUGAAACUCGUACUAUAUAUCAACCAGAUCCUGAAACUGAAAGGUAAUUACAAUUAAAAACAGAGCAAUAUAAUUAAUUAUAACUUAGAUUUAAUUAAUUAUAAUCUCAAUAUUACAUUAUUGAAGGAAAGUCUAAGUUUGUUUAAAAGGAACUUAUUGUGGAUCCUGAAGUUGAAAGACUUUUGAAAAUGAAAUCUCAAUAAUUAGAAACCAUGACAAACAAAUGUAUAUUGUUAUAAGAAUAAAUCGAGAAACAAUAGAUUUAAAUAGAAUCAUAUUAAACUAAAAUGUAUUAAUUUGAAAACAGAAAAUCAGAAACUGAAAAUUAUUUGUUAUAAAUUUAAUCUCUAAAAGAUUAAAUUAGAAGUUAAAAUGCUGAUAUAGAAUAAUUCACUAGAAAAAUAUAUUAAUAUGAAUAAAAUAAUGAAUAAGAUUAAAUCCUUAAAAGAUAAUUCAUAGACAUUAAUGCAUUAUAUGAACAAGAACUUUCAUUAAAUUAAUAAUUAAAAAGAAAAAUAGAAGAAUUCAAAAACAUUUAAUAACAAUAAAAUACAAUAUAAUAUAGAAUUAAAGAACUCGAAUAAUUAUUGGAAUAAAAAGAAGAUAGAAUUAAAUAAUUAUCAUUAGAAUUAGAUUAAUAUAGAUCAGACAUUGCAAUUUAUUAGUAAAGAAUAUCGACGGUAUCUAUUAAUUUGGAAAAUACAAACUCCUUGAAAGAAUAAAUUUAAGUCUGGAGAGAUAAAUAUGAAAAAUUGGAGUAAAAAUAAAAACUACUAAUUGAUUAAGAAGUUAACUAAUGGAAAAUUAGAUACGAAUAAAUUGAGCAAAGAUAUGUAUCAUUAUAAUCGAAUUAUGAGACAAUCUAAAUAACUUUAAAUGAAUAUAAAGAGAAUGAAUAAAGUGAAGUAUUUAAAAUGGAGAUAAAGAGAUUAUAAAAAACUGUAUAUUAUUUUUUUAGUUUUUAAUAGGUUAUCGAAUUAAGAAGUGAAAUAGAUAAAUUAUUGGUCUAAGCAUCAGAUAACUAAUGGCUUUAAAAAAGAUACGAAGAACAAUAAUUAUUAAUUGAAACCUAUAAAUCUUAGAUCGAAUAAAAACAGCAAAUUUAAAAGGAGUAUAUUUAUCAGAUUGAUAGAUCAGAAAGUAAUAGUUAAAAAUUCAUAAAAUAAUCAUCAGUUUAAUAAAUAAAUAUAGAAUCAUAAUCUAGAUAUCCAUAUUCUAAUUAAUAAUAAUAAAUGAAAGUAUAUGAGAUUAAUACACAUUAACCCCGAACCUCAGAAAAUGCGAACUAUUGUUCAAGACCAGUUGAAUCAAGUAGCUCUAAACAAAAAACAUCAUAUUAAUAAACCUAAUUUUUUGAGACAUCUACAAAUAAUGUUAAUGAUAUAAAUAAAGUAAUUAUCUGACUAUUUUCUUAGAAGAAAAUAGAGCAGGAAUUUAAUUCUUAGAGAUGGAACAAUAAUUAUGAAAUGGUUAUAGAUGAAUUAACUAAAACAGAUAGAUGA